UCCGGAGUGAGCAUCAAUGCAGACUCGCUAUUUAAGGGCUGAACAGUCCACUCUCCCUCCGCACUACGCGGUUUGGGACGGCCCUUAAUAUGGAGGACCCUCCACGGGAACGCGCAAACGGAGGGGUAGUGUGUAGGGAUAGUGUGUAGGGGGCGGUUUGGGAUUCAGCCAUACUAUGGGGAGCUGCUGCAUUCGGAGGUGGUUCUGCUCACACCAGUAGACAAAGUCCAUGAUGACCUUCCUGUACUCGCAGUCGUUCCCGUGUGACACGCAUCCGAUGAUGGGCCAUCAUAGGAUGCAUCACUGAUGGCAGUGUCAUCGGAGAACUUCUGGAGAUGGCAACUGUCUGUGGAGUAACAGAAGUCCGAUGUAUAGAGGGUGAAGAGGAAACGUGAGAGUACUGUACCUUGGGGAGCUCCUGUGCUGCAGACCACCACACACUGUCCAAUAUUGAUUUGCUUCGUGGUACAGAAGAGAGGAAGGGAGAUGGAGAAUAAGCCCCUCCCCCUGGCCAGAGCAGACCUGGUUUUCAGACCAGACUCCAUCUGACUGUCAGACACUGCUUGCGGAAUUCGCAGAUACUUCUGCUGCCACUGGAUAAUCGCUCAGUUGAGGACUUCUGGAUGUCCCUGCAGUCACUGGAUAACUGAAAUCAGCAAGGGACUUUGUGAGGUUAGGCUCUGAGGGCAGUUUCUGCCUCUCUGUCAACACUUCGUCUUGUCUGUCAUGGCAGCCUCGUGGAUCAGCCGCCAGCUCACUCUCUCCUUACAGAAAAACUUGUGGCUCAAUGCUCCAGCUAGUUGUACCAAGGGACGCAUAAGAGGUUUCAUUACCCAGUUUGGAUGCAGAUAUGUCAGCAAGGCAGCAGCGAAAGCCCAGGUGGAGUUUGACUAUGAUGGACCUUCCAUGAAAACUGCAGUCCCUGGACCACGAUCACAAGAGCUGACAAAACAACUGGGAGACAUCCAGAAUGUUGGUGCAGUCAACUUCUUUUGUAACUAUGAGGAGAGUAGAGGGAACUACCUGGUGGAUGUGGAUGGCAACCGCAUGCUGGAUAUCUACACUCAGAUCUCCUCCAUCCCAAUUGGCUACAACCAUCCUGCUCUCCUCAAAUUGAUGACCAAUCCCAAUAAUCUGAGUACUUUUGUGAACCGACCUGCCCUGGGAAUCCUACCACCUGAGAACUUUCCGGACAAAAUCGCUGAAAGUCUUCUCUCAGUGGCUCCUAGUGGAAUGACUCGUGUUCAGACAAUGGCCUGUGGCUCUUGCUCCAAUGAGAAUGCUUACAAAGCAAUGUUUAUCUGGUACAGAAAUAAGGAACGAGGCUACAAGACACCAUCUGAUGAAGACCACAGCACCUGCAUGAUAAACCAGGCCCCAGGUUGUCCAGACCUCAGUAUUUUGUCUUUCAUGGGAGCUUUCCAUGGAAGAACGAUGGGUUGCUUGGCCACAACACACUCCAAAGUAAUCCAUAAGCUGGAUGUGCCUUCAUUUGACUGGCCAAUUGCCCCAUUUCCUAAACUGCAAUACCCACUGGAGGAGUUUACCAGAGAGAAUGCCCUGGAAGAGGCUCGUUGUCUGGAGGAGGUGGAAGAUCUGAUCGUGAAGUGGAGGCAGAAGGGGAAGCCUGUGGCAGGGAUUGUAAUUGAACCAAUUCAGGCUGAAGGCGGAGACAACCAUGCCUCUCCAGACUUCUUCAGAAGGCUCCGCGACAUUGCACGCAAGCAUGGCUGUGGUUUUCAUGUAGAUGAAGUUCAGACUGGUGGGGGUGGCACAGGAAAGUUUUGGGCCCAUGAGCACUGGGGCAUGGAUGACCCUGCAGACAUUGUCUCCUUCAGCAAGAAGCUUCUGACUGGGGGCUACUACCACAAGGAUGAACUGCAGGCAGAUAAGCCAUACCGCAUCUUUAACACAUGGAUGGGUGACCCAUCAAAGAACUUGUUCCUGUCUGAGGUUCUCAACGUGAUUCGUAGAGAAAACCUUCUGGAGGAGGUGACUCGUUCAGGGAAAGCCUUGCUAAAUGGACUUUAUGAGCUACAGGCUCAGUACCCCGGCAUAUUGAGCCGCGCUCGAGGACAGGGAACCUUCUGUGCCAUUGACAUCUGUGAUGGUGCAACACGUGAUACGAUCCUGGUCAAGGCCAGAGACAAAGGUGUCCUCCUUGGAGGAUGUGGGGAUCGAUCAAUCCGUUUCCGUCCAGCGCUUGUUUUCAAAGAGUACCAUGUUCAUCUCUUGCUCAACAUCUUUAAUGAUGUGUUGGCCAACCACAAAUAAAUUCUGAUCCUGAAGAAAUAUGAUUAAAACAGGCCAAUGAUGUGUUGGCCAACCUGAGUUAGUCCAGAAUGCAAUGAAGGGAAUUCUAGACAGUCUAUAUGUCGUGAUAAGCACAAUCUACGCAAUCACAUAUUCUAUCAAAUCUCUGUUUCCAGAUUUAGGGCCAGUUAUAUUCGCAAAAGUCAAUAUUUGCCAUCUCCUUAUCCAGAAAUCAUGACAAGUUUCUCUUACUUGUGCUGCCACAAAGAUGUACCCAGAAAAUCAUUCAAAGCAGGUACAAUAGCUGAGAUUUCUUACAAUGUUCAUGUUUCUGGAAAAUAAAUCUGUUGAAAUAACUCCAGAAUUGUUCUACUGUUCCCAUCAUGUCAGUAAGUCUAGCAUGCCCUUUACUGUCCCCAUCAACUUCUUACACAGUCAUUUCAGAAAACAGGCUUAGCCAAAGUCUGUAUGUUGACACAUCACACAGUGUCAUUUUCCAAAAUGUAGCAUUUCAAAAUUCAAUGUGAGUUGCCAUUUAAUUUCACAAAGUUCUGUGGUAGCAGUUGUUGACUGAACAAAUGCUGGUGUAAAAGGUAUUUCUGUAAGUCAACUUAAAGCAACCUGUAUUUGUUGCUUCAUUUUUGUGGCACUUUUUCAGUUGUCAAUUUUUUGAUACUGGUAUAUAAAGAUGACGUUUCUGUUCUUUAUCUGGCCUACAAAACUUGGUUUGGGUUUUUGUUCCAUCUACGAAUAGUAACCAUCAAAGUGCACAACUUCUGACUUUUUGGAAUUUCUGAAUAAGUCUGAGAUGUAUGAGAUUUAAAGGUCUGGAACCUGGCUAAACCAAGUCUGUUCACUUUAACAGGUGCCGCAAAAAUCAAUACAUUUAAAUAAUAUAGUUAAUAUCCAAACCCCUAAUGAAGCUUUACUAAUGGCUUAGAACAAAAUGUUCAAUGCAACUUCUUUUACUACUCAUAUGGUGGCAUUAUCUCAUCUCUGCCUGGCUCAAAGUCACUGUGAUCUUAGUUUGUUGUACGAAGGCAAGCAGUCAUCCUGGAUACAGAAUUCUGUGUCAGUGUUAGUGAUGACACUAUAUAUGAACAUACAAUAAAACUAAUAUGUCAGCUUGCAUGUCAUUUAAUGCUGUCCAUUAGAACUGUCCAUGUUAAGAUAAUGACUAUUGUGUUGCUCUUAAUAGAAAUUAUUUUUCAGCUUGAAAUGUUUUAGCCCAGAACAAUGGUAAUCUUAAAUGAACCACGAAAAUGUCAUAGAUAAUUUAGUGCCUGCAUGCUACAUAAAUCUUAUCUAAUCUAAUAUAUAUCACUAAUCACUCAAAUCAGAGCAGAAAUCCAUAAACAAGCUUAAUUUCAAUUGCCAGAUUUUCUUUAUCGGAAAUUGAUUUACUUUUCAUUUUCAGGUCUCAUUUUUUUUGGUUGUGAAUUUUUAAUUGGCUUCAGAUUCUUAAAGCUGUUUUACUGUUAUCGAAAAGGCCUCUUCAGUUCAAAGUGAUUGUUUUUAGUCAUCCAGACCUGGAUGACUGACGAUAUUUGGUGACAGAGUCAGCAGUUAAUAACAACUAGAAGAUUACAAAUCAGGCUUGUUACUAGUUACUGCUUGGGUUUGUCUUAUCCACUUAAAACACUUCACAAUGUGCAGGGUUAAUGGAUAUUUCUCUCUCCCCAAUGACAACACUGGGCAAAAAUGAGAAUUCGCCCAUUUCAGACUCAAAAAUAAACUUUGAUAAGGCAACUUGCUGAGUUUUUCCAGGGUGCAGGAGGAGGGUGAGACAGACCCAAACACAGCUAGCUGUAGCAAAGUGUCCGACCUUGAACUUUAAGCAGAGGUUAGUCUAACAGGAUGGUCCAUAAAUACAUUAUAUAAUGGAUAAUUCAAACCUGUAGUAUAAUCUCAAACAAAUUUACAGGAAAAAAAUUAUAAAUUCUUGAAUUUAAUUUGGAUUUUGUAAAUCUGCUUAAGCUGGUUUAAUAUAACAGUUGAGACCUUCAGUGGUGUCUGUGAAUGAUCCAUGAAGUUUUUUCAGAUUCAUAAAUUGUGUUACUACAUUAUUACAUUAUUUUGUUUGUUAUUGUUAACAAUGCAAGCUAAUAUAUAUAUAUCUAAUAUAUAUAUAUAUAUAUAUACCGGGCUUUGCAAAAGUUCUGUUACACUCGGUUUCAUGAUCUUUAGAGACGUUUACAUGUCGGAGAGAAAAAUUCCAUUAAAUAAACUGAAAGUUCUACCUUAUAGGCAGGUGUCUUUAAUACAAUUUUUUUUUCUCCGGUGAAGUUGUAUCAAGAUGGAAGUCAAAAGACUUGAGAUAUCUGCUCUCCUUCGUGCUGAACAUCAGCCGGAUGACCGUCUACAGAGUCGCGGAGAGGCUAAAGAAUGGUGAAGAUCUUUCAGGUCUUCACCAUUCUUGAAAGAUCAUCUGAAAGAUCUUCACCAUUCUUGAGCCUCUCCGCGACUCUGUGGACAGUCAUCCGUCUGAUGUUCAGCUGCUUGGCUCUGUCAGACUUGUUGUGGCCAGCAUGAAGGAGAGCAGAUAUCCCAACUCUUUUGACUUCCAUCUUGAUACAACUUCACCGGAGAACAAAUUUGUGUUAAUGACACCUGCCUAUAAGGUAGAACUUUCAGUUUGUUUAAUGGAAUUUUUCACUCCGACAUGUAAACGUCUCUAAAGAUCAUGAAAUCGUGUAACAGAACUUUUGCAAAGCCCGGUGUAUAUAUAUAUAUAUAAUAUAUAUACACACACACACACACACACACACACACACAAACACUAUUUACUACAUUUACAACUUUAUACACUCAUUUUGCAUAAAUUAGAUCUCAUCUGAUGUAUUAAAAAAAAAUUGUUCCCAGGGUUAGUUUGUCUUGUAUGAGUUAAUAUUUAGUAUUAAACAUACUUUUUAAUGAAAAUGUAAUGAAGCAAGCAGGGAGGGAUUGGUAACAUGCCAGAUGUUGCGCAAUUGUGAUGAUGACAACAGUGCCUGUCUCCAUGUUGUCAGUCUGUAUUACAUUGAGUAUUUGUAAUAAUUUUCUUUAAAAGAAUUUUGAUAUUAACUACUCGCUCUUGUGAUCUGAGAUAGAUGACUAUUGAUGUAAUAAUGUUAGAUGGCUCUAACUGUUGUUCCUUCCAUGUAAUGUGAUAAAUAAAGAUUUGAGUAACUUUG